CCAAGCUUCUUGGAAAAACAGGUUCGGUUCGAGGUGCUCCAGUCAUCGUGCUCUUCACGAUUCAUUCGUUUGCUUCUCCGCUUCUCGUGCCUCUCAGGUUGACCGUUCGGCUGCGGACAGUGUAAAACACGGGAUGAAGAAGGGGUUCCUCCUGUCUGGCGGGCCGGGCUUGUCGGCCGACAAACCACAGACACAGGAGGCCAAUGGAUCUGCUGCUGCCGGCACGGCGGUGAAGGGAAUCUUGAUCAAGGGGUGCAGCAUGGAGAACGUCGAGAUCCCUGCGAGUGUGCUGCCGGUGUCGGCUGCCAAUGGAUGGCACAAGUGCAAGGUGCCGCACCUGAUGGGCAUACCCCUCAUGAUCCGCCAGUGGCAAGCGUAUAAGCCAGAGGACUUCACUGACAACCAGGUGGGUGGCAUGGGUGGGCGGAUAAAUGCCAUCCAUCCAUCCAUUCAUUUGUCUGUCGAGUGUGUGUGUGGUGUUUCGUGGUGCAGGUGGCGACGCGUCUGAUGAUCGAGCCUGACAGCGGAUUCGCCCCUCCGCAGUGGCUGGGAGGUGAGCAUACACACACUCUCUCUUCCACCCAAUACCUUUCGCUCAACUCAUUCAUUCAUCGCCCUUUUCUCCUUUGCUUCUCCAUCCUUCUUCCUACCACUGGCAGGCCCCCACAACAUGCUUGGUCGCGUGAUGGUGGCCCGCACCGACGGCAAGCCCUUCACGAUAGUGCCGUCGGUGUCCGGCAUCUGUUUGCGUGGAUCUGUUUGCGGUCAGGUGUGCUUGACUUGGUGUGCGUGCAUCUGUUUGCGGUCAGGUGUGCGAAGUACUUCAUGUGCGCUGUCCUUCGCAACUGCAUGGCAACAAGGAUUCACACACACAUAC